GUAUAGACUUGGAGUUGCUGGCAUAGUAGCUGCCUACAUGCCUAGCCAGUUACAACUUCUACAGAGAGGGGUUGGGGUACGGUGGCCUACCCUGCCUAAUGCUGCCUACUGCUGCCUCCAAUUAGUGCUUCUGCCUACGCAUACAGUCACUUCCUACGUAGUAUAUAGUUUGGCCUUCGGGCCCCCGAAAUAAGACAGAGUUCACGUCAAUUUGCAACCUGAGU